GGAAACGAGAACGAAAUAACGAAAAACGAAAUGCUGUGUGUGUUCACUGUGUGUGUUGUUGUUACACAAUAGCGUUGAAUCUUUGGUUGCGUAAAUGUAGAAAUUGGCUUAUUUCCGCGAGCUUUAUUAAAACAUCAGGGAAAUGGGUAGUUUAGGUUCAAACAUUCUGUAUCAACUUUCAGCAAGAGAAUGUGGAAACAAUAGAUCAGCAAAUGAUUUGCAAGAGCUUGCUGAAUUCAAAGCAGCUUCUUCAAUCAUGCAAGAAAUGCAUAUAAAGUUUCCCCGAUCUACAAGGUCUGCAUUUUUAAUGUCAUUCAGUCCAGAUGGUACAAAAGUUGCAUCUACCCAUGGCGAUCAUAAAGUUUAUGUAUCUGACAUCCAAACAGGAAAAAUCUUGCAUGCAUUAGAGGGUCAUCCACGAACUCCUUGGUGUGUUGCUUUUCAUCCAAGAUCUAAUGACAUUCUAGCUUCUGGCUGCUUGGGUGGAGAAGUCCGCAUUUGGCAUUUACAUGGUGGAAGUGAAAAGUGGAAAGUUGGAAAUGGAGAAGUUAUAGCAUCUUUGACAUUUCACCCUUUUCUUCAGUUAGUAAUAAUUGCUUCAGGUACUUCUAUAUAUUUUUGGGAUUGGAAAGAUCCUAGACCUCAUGCAUGGUGUACUACUAAUACUCAUUUUGAGAGGGUUAGGUUUGUGAAAUUUGAUAGUAUUGGUCAGUAUUUAAUUACUGGAAUAUCUAAUGACGUCCCAGCCGAUAAGAAAACUGCAAGUACUAGUUCAACUGAAACCAGAGAAGAGAGAAUUGCAGCAGAAGAGCGGGCAACAAGACCCAUUAGAAUCGGAUUUUUAUCUCAUUUAUUUUCUUCUGAAAAUUCUCAAGCAAUGUCAAGCUCUCUUAGAAAUAGUGUAGCUGGUUUUAUUCUUAAUCGGCAUCGACGUAUUUGUAAUGGAAGUGAAGCUCCUACUGAUAUUUCACCAGAUCCUGCUGAAGAUAGUGUUCAAAAUGACAUUAAUACAACUGGAGAAAAUUGGGUUACUUUCUUAAGACUGAGAUCCAUGUGCUUUGCUUUGGAAAAGCGGCUUCUUUUUCAUCGUCAACUGCAAUUAUGUAUAGAAUGUGAUUCAGGAUUUCAAUUUAGUUCAAGUAGUGAAUCAAGCUCUUCUGAUUUUGAAAAUUUUUUCCGCUUUAUGUCUGGUUCUGAUGAUUUAGCUUUUGACACUGCCAAUCGGACACAAUAUGCUUCGCUCAUUAGUAUGUUGGCACGCAUUAGAACGACACUACGGUUUUCAUCCCUAUCAGUCCAAGGUCCUCCGAUGACAUCUAGAACAACCAUCGAGGAAAGACAAAAAAAUUUAGAAGAAUUUAAGCGGCAUUUAAAUGAUUUGAAACGACGAAUUUUUGAAGCUGUAGCAAGAGUUCAGCAAACUGGUUAUGCUGGAAUAGACCGGCAAAGAUUUGAUCUCAGAUUCUGUCUUUGGCUUGUUGAAAUGUCACUUGAGUUAGUUAAAGAUAUUGGAACUAUUGUACAAUGUGACCUUCGUAGAUUAAAUGGGGAAAUAAUACCUUUACCUACUGAAGAGCAAUCAGCAGCAGCAGCUCAAGCGUUCCCAGAAGUUUCUGUUUUUGACAGACUGAAUAUUGAUGUAGGUACCCAACAAAAUCCAUCUUCAUCCACUUCAAUGAAUGCCAAUUGUUUAAGUUUUGGGGCUUCAGGCGGAUAUCGAUCUUCUUCCAUUCAUCGGUUUAUUCCUAUCCAUGGAAGUCUUCGUCGUAACUUAUCUCAACAAUUUGCUGCUGUUAGUGCACGUCGGUAUGAAAGUUUUGGUCGAAGAGUGUGUAUUGAUAAUGAAAAUGUUAUUACAGCCCAAAGAAAUCCUUCUGAUCCUCCGCCACAAAGGCAUAGCUGUCCAACUCCUGUAGCAAGAAUUUUAUGUACAAUUCACAGAAGAAGUGUUAGUCCGAGUCCAAGUCCAAGUCCUCCAGCAAGAAGUGUCAGUCCAAGUCCUCCACUAAGAAGUGUCAGCCCAGAUCCUCCUAUGUUUGUUCGUCUUGUAGGUGACACAUUAUCAGUGAGCUCCCCCAGCAGUACAUCAGAUACACAAGAUAACUCAGAUUCUCCAUAUAUCCCAUUAGACGAUGUUGAGGAUCCUACUAAUACAUCAGAUGGCUCUUCUCCAUUUUUUUUUGCUUCAGCUUCUUUUACUGCACUUCUGAGAGAUCCUGAACGUUUUGGUUACCGUGAAUCAGUGAAUCAAACACAUCGCAUUCAAUCAUGGAAAUUCACUGGAUGUCAUAUCCCAGAUAUACGUAAUGCAUCAGCUAACAUAGUUGUCAGAAGGUGUUUGAUUCACAAUGAUGCAAGUAUUGAUAUAUCUCAAGAUGGAUCAAAACUUGUGGCAUUAAUACCUCCAGAUGACUAUAGUUUUAAACCUUUUAUAUUUGGUGUUUUUUCAUUGAAACCCCAUAAUCUUGGACAAAUAUUAUGUACAUGGGGCUUUGUAUCCACUGCCAUAUCAGUUAGUUUUUCUCCACUUGCAAAUUAUAUUGUUGUUGGACUGGCAUCUUCUAGACCUAUAUUUUCAAAUCCUGAGAGAGAGGCUGUUGCUCAUAUAGUGGAACUCGUAGCACCUAAGACAAAAAGGAAAUUAUCCGAAAAGGAAACGUCUUCUGAGGGAAAUGUUAAGCAUAAAGUGAAGCAUAUUCGGGUUUUAACUCAGCAAAUAACAAAUGAUCGUCAGUUGAAUCAAGCUAGUCUUAACUCAAUUCGUUGGCUGCCGGAACCUGGACAAGGAAUGGCAUAUGCCACAAAUCGAGGAUGUCUCAGCAUCUGCACGCCAAGAGCACCUAUGUUCUUAAAGAAAUAUAAAGCUUAUCCUGACAGUUCCACCACACAGUCAAGUGGAAUCUCUCUUGGCGUGCCUGUUCCAGAAAGCAAUCAAGCAGAUUGAAAACAAUUUGUGAAUCAGAAAAGUGAUUUCCAAAUGAAGAUUACUUAGUAAAGAUGUAUUUUGUUUUAACUCUCCUGAAUGGAAAAGAAAGUUUUUAUGAAGAUAUUUUUGUAAAAUUUAUAGAAUAUUAGAAGGUCGUUUCAGUUUCAUACUUCUAAACAAAUUAUAUCUUUGAAAAUUCCAUUGCUCAUCUUAAAGUGCAAGCCUUUUUUACUUUUUUAACAGAAAGGACAACUUUAUUUCUAUUGAUAAUCUUACAAAACUGACGACACACAGAGUUUGAUAAUGCUCCUUGUAAAUUUAUGGUGAGAUUCUUUUUGUUGCAGUUCUGAAAUAGAAUUGCAUAAUUCAACAGCUAAUUGAUUAAUUGGGUGGAUCAAAAGCUAUAUCAUCUCCCCUCUCCCCCAAGGUAUUAUAAUCACUGCCUCACUUCAUUUAACUAACUUAUAUUCAAUCAUUAUUUGUCUGGGAUUUUUUUUAUUUUGCCUUUUUUUUUAUAUUGUUUCGGUAAUAGCGCCAUGUUGAUUUAUAUUUUAAUCCUUUUUUAACUUAAUGAAGAACAUGUUUCAAUCAAGCGUUGAUUUUGAUAAUGAUUUGAAACAAAUGCGUCGUGUGUUUUCAAAAAAAAAAAGAAGAAGAAAUUAAAAAAAUCAUAUGUAUUUGCAAAAUGUUUUCAUAGAUCAUGCAUUUUAACACAGCAUUAAUUGAUUUGUUAAAAUGAUGUCAACCUAGAAAACAUUUUUUAGUAGAAAUCAAAGCAAGUUUGCAUCGCCCCCCCCCCCUUAUCAGAUAGUUUAAUAGGUUGCUUCACCCCUUAACAUGAAUUCUGUAUUCAACAUGAAGAUUUUUUACUGACAAUAAUGAAUCCUAUUGUCUUAUCAGAGCAUGCAAAUCUGAAAAGUAUAAAGAAAUGAAUUUAUUUAAAUAAUAUGAGAUCAUCUUGUAUAUCUACAAGGCAUUUAACGUAAUUUAAUAUAAAUUUUAAAAUUUUGUUAUUGUAUCAUUAUGUUUGAUAACAAUCAAUAUUUCCAUUGCUACUUUUAAAUUAAAAAAAUAGCAUAGUUUUAAAUACUAGACUGUAUAAUCAGUACGGACAAACAAGGGACAAAUAAAAAUAUUUAUUUGAUUAAUCCAUAGUAAACUAAAAAUGUUGGCCAUUUUCCAUACUGACUAAGCUCAAUCCAUGUUGGUUGGCAUUUCUGUUCUAUCCUGUGCAUUUAAGAUGUGAAUAAUAUCUUGGUUUCCUCCUUCCUUUACUGUUACUGUCUUUUACUGAUUGUUGUUAAUAAGUGAAUCUUUUGUCAAAGCAUUAUUUCUGUCUUGAUUGUGUGAUAUUAGAGCCUUAUUUCUCCAUUUGACAGAACAAAUAAUUCAAUGUGCUUCCAGUCUAUCCUUUAUUAUAAACC